GUGACAGAGGGGGUUAAGAGUGGGCGAAGUCAAAACGUUACAGGAAGAAAAGAAAAAAAAAUAUUCCCUUACCUGCAGUGGUUCUACUGAGACAGUUAGAGAGAAAGAGCAAGCAAGUGUGACAGACAGACAGAAAAGAAAAGAAGACAAUUGACGCAAUAGCACGGUUGAACAAGUCAACAGACUUCAUAUGACUGUAAAGUUAUCACACUGAAAGGACCGAAUCAAGACAACAAAGAUGGGAGAACUGAAAUGCAAAUGUCCAAAAGGAAAAUAUAUGCUUGCCAGAUGUAAUGCCACAUCGGAUAUAGUGUGUCAAAUCUGCCCACGGCGAACAUUUAUUGAUCAGGAAAACCAAAUGAGCCAGUGUCGAGCCUGCAGGGAGUGUUCCAGCACCAGCAAUAUGGAGAUGGUAAAGGAGUGUGAGGCAGACAAAAACACAGAGUGCAGGUGUAAGCCAGGAUACUUCUGUACACACAUUAGUGAAUCCCACUGCGAUUACUGCAGUCCGGUCUCCAUGUGUCCUCCAGGGAAGGGAGUUGACUUUCAUCAUACGCACUUGAAAGACACUGUGUGCAGACCCUGCCCAGAAGGAACCUACAGCGAUGUGAUGGACUACUUUUCCAGCUGCAAAAAUCAUACAAGUUGCGAUGACUUGGGUCGAGAUGUGAAAGUUCCUGGGACUAGCAAAUCAGACGUUGUGUGUGGAAAUUUUAAACCAUGUACCACAUCUUGUUCUUGGUUGUUACCUGCUAGUCUGUGGGCAGGGUUCGUGAUUACCACCCUGAUUUUAUUUCUGAUCCUGUUUAUAAUUUAUUGGAGAAACAAACGUCAGUCAAAAAGAUUAGAGAUUUCUUUAAGCCACAUCUCGCCGGUGCUUCCUCCAGACAUCCUGAAAUACCCUGCAGACUGUGAUGUGGAGAAACAUGCAGAGCAUCAGCAGCUCACACAUUUAGUUGGAAAUUACUCAGACAUGGACAGCAGCAUUCAGUGUGAUGGAUUUAUGCCAACUAUGACAAUGUCAGAGAAAUAUUGCCUGUCAGCUGCUGCAAAUGAAUUUACAGACAGCAUCAUGUGCCACUCGAACUGUCACUCGGAGCCACAGGAGUCUGAAUGGAACGAUUAACUUUGGCACAUUAACUUAUAUUAACUGGACAAUUAUCUAUAAAGAGUUAUUUUUUUACCACUGAAGAAGCCUGACUUCUGUUCUGGUAGAAUGUGUAAAUAACUAUUUUUUGGGGGAGGGAAAUUAUUGAAUUUACCUUUCACAAAACCUGUAUGAAUGACAACAACAGAUACUGAAGUUACACAAUAUGGUCUCUCUUGUAGUAGUUACAAUAUAUUGUCUUUAGUUAAGAUGCUUGUAGAUUCUGUUUUUUCAGAUGUUUCAUUUUGUUUUAAUAAACAUUUGGUAUUU